AUGUUGACAUUAGAAGAUUUACCUAUGGAAAUGCAUUUUUGCAUUUCACAAUAUCUUAGUAGAAGAGACCUCCGAGUAAUAUCUCACACAAACACUCUGUUGCGCAGCAAAUACCAUUCUUUGCACUGGAGCCAUGUUUUGGUUAUGCCGGAAAUGUGUUGGGUCCAUACAACUCGUAAGGAUAUGCGAUUUAUUCCCUUUAAAGCGGUUCAAAGUGAAAAUCGGUUUUCUUGGAUUCCAUUUCAUUUGAUUAAGACGCUCCACUUGCACGAGACUACGAAUGACUUGCAUUUUGAUCUUAGUAGUCUCUUGUACAAUGAUAUUACUAACAAACCAUUUGAACUACAAUUAUUUCCAAACUUGACAAAAAUUAUUAUUGAAUUAAAUUAUAGCUCUUCAAUGUCUUUUCUGUUAAGCAAAUGGGGACAUUCAUUAAUGGCCAAACAUCCCGGGUGGCCAGAACUUGAGAUUCUACGGCCUCAUAUAUACAAUACUGAGUAUCACGGAGUUCUUCGACAAGUGAGAGAUUCGGCCAUUAAAUGGGAAAAUAAUUGGUUUUUGAACUUUAAAGAUAAUUUGGUAAAAACCACACUGCUGGUUGAUGCAUCAAAUAUUGUAUUUUCAGAUACUACUAUCCAUGUUUUGCCUAAGCUCAAAUGGUUGACAAUGGUAGUGAACAGACGCAGCAAUUAUUCGCUUGCAGACUUAGUCCCCAAAAUGUUUCCAGCACUCGAGAAGCUGAAGAUUGUAUGGAUAAUGGUGGACACUACAAUGCCAUCACGGUUUGUUCCACCGGCUAUAGAGUCACUUAAUAAACUGAACAAUUCUAUGUGUCCAAAGUUGUACAAGUGUACACUAAUGAUACCCAGGCCAGCUACGUUUUUCAGGGCUGUCCAAGAUUCUGUUAAUUUGAUUUCAGAAAGGACGUUUGUGCAGUCACCCAUUGUGACUCAUUUUGUCAACAAGUCUAAGAAAUUUUACUUUUAUGACUUUUUACGGUACUUUAAAUUUACUAAUCUACACGGAUUGUCUACAGUUGUUACUCCGUAUCUCCGCUAUUCGACAAAUAUAGUGCCUACUUUGAUAAGGCACGACUCAAGGUUGAAAUGCAACAAUCCUAAAUUUCUUGAAUUUGUGAUUGAUGAACACACUCCCUUUGACGACCGAAGUCUUAAAGCUUUGGAACAGAUGCUUGGAAUCUACCCUGUAAAGCACAUUCGGGUGUACUUUAAACUUGAAACUUCAUUUGAAAUUGGAUCCCAUCACGGUGACUAUAGAAUUAACCGUGAUGAUCGCCAAGAAAGUGAAAGACGGGCUAAAAGAAUUGGCAAAAGCCUUAAAAAAAAUAUAAAGCCUUUACUUGAAAAACUCUAUGCCAGUAACUCAAUCACGAAGUCUCAAUACUCGAGGGCUCGUGACCACACGUUUAGUUUGGGUUACAUUUUGGCCAAGGGCCUUCCACAACCAGACUCUAUUUCCGAAGAAGAUAUUGAGGCCGGGCUUCUCAAUAUAUUCAAUGGCAAGUGUCCUUGUUCUACUAUUCUACCGCAUCUCAUGUUAGAGGAAAUUUUGUAUCUUAUUGGCAAUACUAAAUUAGUGACUCAUCUUCACAUUGAGUAUCAAGACUAUGUCAUGCGCUGGUUUUCCAGUGAAUUACAUCGAUUGACCGAACUGUCAUCGACUUCACUUGAGCAAGUGAGGAUAACGUUUAAAGUAUCUCGGGAGGAAAUGAGAAAUGGAGAAUGGAAGGAUAAUUUGCCUAAUGUGCCAUAUAUUUCCUACUCGUAUUCGGAGUUGACGGAAGAACUAUUGAUGCCAGUGGAAGCGUGCAUUGAUUUGAAGAAUAGGUUAACGUACUUGGAUAAAUAUGACAAAUUCAAUGUGCUGGGAAAUGAGUCUAUGGAAUUAGUUCCAUUGAAAAAUGUGGAUAAAACUUUUGCAGGUUGGCUUAACCCAUGGUAG